AUGCCAUUUAAUACUUCUUCAAUUCCAUGGGAAGCUCUUAAUACUAUUAAUACUUUUAAUACUUGCGAUAUGACAUGUAUCGUCGAACCUUCUUUGGGUUUGCUUUUAAUCAUUGGUGGAUCACAUCCACCAGUAGCCAGAUUCCAAGUUUAUAACUUCACAUCAAAUGCUUGGAAUGAAGAUUAUGAAAUUCAAAAUUUGAAUAAUUAUCCUGAAGGGAUUGGUCUAAUUUUUCAACCACGAUCAGUUUUAAUUGAACCGAAGGUUAUACUUAUCUGGGGUGGUUUGACUGGUGUAGCUCCUCGAAUUCGUGUUAUUUAUAAAUUGAACAUGACAGUGAGUCCAUGGAAAUGGGAAUCGAUCGAACAUAAUGCAA